GGGGCUUUUAACGAUUUUAUUGGGCCUUCCACCGCAAUCUGAGCCUUGGCUCACACAGAAUCAAGCUUACCUCCCCGCUUGCCGACUACUCCUUUGGUCAUUCCAUGGUUUGUGAUCUGCCGCCCAAUUAUGGGAAGCCAACAUUCUUCCCUGGAGGAUACGUGUGAAGCAGCGAAGGAGCGACAGAAGGUUCUGUGGGCUGCGAUUAGGUGCAGUAGGUGACCACGUCGAGCCCCGCGCGCGCGAGAUAGGGCCUUGAGAGGUUGCAGAGAUCACGUUGCGCUGCACCAGUAGCCCAUGUGAGAAGUUGCGAAUGCAGCAGGGAUUUUCCAUGAGCAGGGAUGUGUUGCAGUUAAGGUCAUUACAAUGAGCUGAAAGCGCGUGGAGAAGGGGUUGGUCACUUUAGUGGAGGUCUACAGGUUGAGGCAAGGUUAACGCCGCAGCAGGUUUAGAGGACCGCCACCGCAAGGGCUAGGCUUUCGCCAAUUCACAUCGUUGCUCUCGAGUGAACCUCCAGAUUGAUACAGCACUAUACGGGCUCACGAGCGGCACUCACAAACAGAUAUCUGGCUCACACUGCGGGGGAGUAGACGACGUUGCAAGUGAAGAAUUCGAUACGAAGAGCACGAUCCGAUGUUUCGCUUUCGGCAGAAGAUGUAUGACACCUCGUGUAAAAAGUCACUGACUUUUGUUCGAAACGCGCGCGAAUUAACACCACUGGUUAAGCUUCGAGCGAUGCUGCGGGGCAUGAAAGCACGGCGAGAAGUAGAAAAAAUCUGAUUACGAUCAUGUGCUUUCUGCAAUCACUUCCAGGAAGAAACCUCUCAUCAGACAAACUGGAUCCAUCAAAUGAUCCGCCCGACACCGGCGGCCACUCCAGCCCCAGUCGGACACGGGCGGGCUCAGGUCAAAUCUCAAAGGCGUUCAAGAUGGUAUCCGCGCUGACACAAACAGGUGGUGCAAGUUCCCGUCAGGAUUACCCCGAAUCCCAGCGUGCAGAAAAUACUGCACCAGGCAAGGGAAUUGUAGGUCAGAAGCGGCACCGAAGUAGUCCAACCGCGCAAGAGCUGGUAGGCUAUGGUGAAACGUGGAAUGAGCAGGCACCAAGUGCUCGCAACAUAAAGCAAGAGGUAGGAACCAGUACCGGUGCUCUGAAACGAGAAACGGACGCUGGCUCAUAUGUGAACGUUACGGAUGCUCGGGCGGUGACAUGGACUCGAGUACUUGUGGAUCCAAAAGCGGAGAGCACCGAGAGACCUGGAACGUACAGCAGGAGUCUAAGUCUUACUCAAGAGAUUUUCACAAGCCAAGAUUCCUGCAAGAUUUCCGACUUAAGCACACCACCGCAUUCGUCACCUCUUUCGAUUGAAGACGUGCCUCGGCCAAGCGGUGGCAAUUUGGAGAAGUUGGAUCAAGCAGGGAAAGUGGGCGACGGAAGUAGUCAUCAGCAAGAAUCUAGUGAGGCCGGGCCAUUAGUGACUCAACAAGUACUAGCCCCGCCUCCAAAGAAACGAAGAUACCGCGGAGUGAGACAGCGGCCCUGGGGGAAAUGGGCGGCGGAGAUUCGUGAUCCUCAGAAAGCAGCACGAGUAUGGCUAGGGACCUUCGACACAGCUGAACAAGCAGCAAUGGCUUACGACACUGCCGCAAUCAGAUUCAGAGGGUUAAGAGCGAAGCUCAAUUUCCCCGACGGACUUAUAUCUCCCGCCUCUUUGGCAGUAGGUAUCGCCACUGCUUCGCAACCGGAGUCUUCACCUACCUCAAUCCCUGUAACCACCCUUUCCACGUCCACUUCGUUCCUCUCACAAUCAUCCGGCCGUAGCAUCCAAUCAAUGCCUCGAAGCAGGAACUUACCCAGUAUAUCAUCGGAAGCUAGAACCUCAGUACCUUACCAGUCCCCGUCGGUUCCUCUUCCAUCCCAUCAGAUAUCUAGUGGUGCUUCAGCUCAGAAUUUGCGUUCGUUGCAAGCGCCUGGAAUUUUCGAACCUCUCGCUAGAUCUCCAGGUUUAAUGCAACUUAGCGGUAGUAAUAGUGGCGACAACCAGUCUGGUCGACGUCAGGGCUUGAUGUCUUUCCAGCAACCUCAAACCCAUCCCCAGUGGCAACGUCUACAACCUGGGAGUUAUCAAAGCCUCGUUCCUGUACAGCAACAAAACUCUCAAACGUUGAGGCAAACUCCUGAACUUUCAAGACCUAUCUCCAGCUUGCAAUAUGAAAAUUUGUAUGGUGAAGGUCCCCAUGACCCCAUUUUACAUUAUGAACCGAGUACAUCAGGGGUGCCGCAAUCAUUUUCUGUAGAUUUUUGUGGAGCAAAUCUGAUAUCUGAUCCUGGAGGACAAGGAUUCCCUACAAGCCAGUCCCCAACUGCUUUCAUAGAUCACCACAGCCCUAGCAGUGCCAGCGUUAGUUCUGCGAAUCCAACUCCGUAUAUAGAAUUGUCCUAUGAUCAGAUUUUUGACCAACCUGGGGAGGUGCAAUCGACUUUCCCAGACGCAGUUUCUCCGAGUGGGAUACUAUCGUUGGACAACCCUUUCUCGGAUGACACAUCUCUGUGUCAAGAAUAGGUUUUAGAAUUAUCAAGUUUUAGAAGCUUGUUGAAAUGUAUAUAUAUAAAUUGUGGUACCCCAAUUCUUUUCGUUGGUCAGCAAACGCCUGGAAUCCUUUGCUGACGAUGAUGACGAUAACGAUAGUUACGUUACAUGGAGUGAGUUUAAACUAGCUCGUUCUGAAGAUAGCCUGGGAAGAGAAGAUCUGCGGCUUCUUUUAGGGCUGACUGCCAACCAGCGUAUGAAGGCCCAGCUUUUAUCCCCUGGGCUUGUGGAUAUGUACAUAGGGAAACCUCACAAGAGGUAUAAAUAUGAUAGACGAGAGCUGCAAAAUUGGGACAGCCCACUCUCAAUUAUGUGAAGUGCCAAAAUCCCAGCUUCAUGAAGUACAGACCAAUUUUUUUAAACUAAUACUUGAAAAGACUGUCCGAGUUCCUUAAUGGUA